UUAACGAUAAGUUUGCGUUGAAAAGUCGAAGGCAGACGAGAUAAACUAAUAUAGAAUGUUUGUAUUUAGCUGUUGAUAGGUCGGCAGUUAAAUGCUCAUAUGAAUUUGUAAAUGUGGCAGAUGUUUUCGUCAUCAUUGUCAUUUAAUAUUCUUCUGUUUUGUACGAAUUCAGGUGUCAAAGCCAAAAGUUAAAGGGUGUGAAAAGUGACCGUCGUCAACGUUAGCAGAUUAUAAAUAUCUAAGAGUGUGAAACUACUAUUAAAAAUGUCGCUGUCCCGCCGUGAGAUUGAGGAUCUGAAGGGAUUACUCGACAAAACCGUGCAGAAGUUCCUCGGAUUCAGUGAGUCAACGCUUGUGUCGGCGGCGCUCAACUGCAUCGACCGCGGAUAUGACAAGCGCAAGAUGCUGGAAAAACUGGGUACUAUUUUGGAUAAAGACCAGGCAUCACAGUUUGCUGACAAGAUUUGUGAUGUGUAUGACGACUACAAAUCAAGCGUUCGACACAGUAAAACUAAAAGGAAAAAAGAAGACAGGGACCGAGAACGUGAUGAAGAAAGAGAGAAGAGUAAAAAGCGUCGAUUCACGGAUGACGAGAAACCCGUUCUCGUACCGGGCCCUGGACAACCCAGCCCAGGACAGCUGACGGAAAACAAGAUAAAGGAGAUGAUGGCGAACGCACAGAAAAUGAUCCAGGAACGCAAGGCUCAAAUUGCUGCUACAUUACCUCCCCCUGUUCCAAGCUACCAGAUUCCUGGUUACGGCCAGUCUGAUGUGUUGAUGAAUGAUGCGAUGGAUAAAGCACGGAGAGCAGCGGAACUUCAGGCCCAGAUUCAAGCCAGACUGUCCGGUCUGGCACAGUCGGUGCCAGGACUGAAACAAGUUGCAUUAACCGGGCCGACACCACUCAUUUUGAAUGAAGAGGGUCAGACGAUUGAUGCCAAAACAGGUCAGCAGAUUCAGCUGCAGCUUCACACGCCCACACUGAAGGCCAACAUAAGAGCGAAACGGAGAGAACAGUUCAAAGACUUGAUUGUUAAACCACCUGAAGAAAUCAGUGACAGUAAAUUCUUCGAUCCUCGGGUUGGCGCCAAGGGUCCAGUUCGUGUCAAAAGAUCUUUCAAGUUUCACGAGAAAGGAAAAUUUGAGCAAGUGGCACAGAGGCUUAGGACGAAGGCACAGCUUGAUAAACUUCAAAAUGAGAUUGCCCAGACAGCGAAGAGAACAGGAAUUGCAUCUGCUGCCAAACUAGCUACCAUAGCGCCAAAGAAAGAUGUUUGUGAAGGGGAAAUCCCAGACAUCGAAUGGUGGGAUUACUAUCUCGUCAACCGAGAGACAUAUGAUGAUAUCAGUGAAGAAGACUUGAAACGUCCCAAAUUCCUGGAGAUGAUCACGAACCUCGUAGAACAUCCCAUACAGAUGAGACCACCAGCUGAGUCACCUACCGAAGUUAGCAUACCAGUUUACCUGACAAAGAAAGAACGGAAAAAACUGAGAAGACAAAACCGACAGGAGGCAGAGAAAGAAAUCCAAGAGAAGAUAAGAAUCGGAUUGUUACCUCCACCAGAACCUAAGGUGCGUAUGGCCAACUUGAUGCGAGUGCUGGGUACAGAGGCUGUACAGGACCCCACUAAAAUAGAGGCUCACGUCCGUGCUCAGAUGGCCAAGAGACAAAAAGCUCAUGAGGAGGCAAAUGCAGCCAGAAAGUUGACGACGGAACAGAGGCGAGAUAAAAAGAUUAAGAAAAUCCAGGAAGACACAUCGCUUGGUGUCAAUGUUUCUGUCUAUAGAAUUAGGGAUUUGAAUAACCCUGCGAGAAAGUUCAAGAUUGAGUCAAACGCCAAACAGUUGCUGAUGACGGGUUUUGUCGUUCUCUACAAAGACUGUAAUGUUGUUGUAGUAGAAGGAGGUCCUAAGCAGCAGAGAAAGUUCAAGCGACUUAUGUUAAACAGGAUAAAGUGGUCUGAAGACCCAAAGAAGAAAAAGAAUGAUGAUGACAGUGAUUCGGACGAGGAAGAUGAACAGUCUAACAGAUGUGUACUGGUCUGGGAGGGUAUGGCUAAGGCUCGGGCAUUCUCAGAGAUGAAAUUCAAAAUGUGUCCCACUCAGAGUUUCGCACGCGAGCAGUUCAAGAAAUCCUCCGUUGAGCACUACUGGGAUCUGGCCUACAGUGGCGCCAUCUUGGAGACCGCGGGCGAGGAAUCCUGAUGAACGGUUUGUAGUUGUGAUGGACUCACUUGAAGAGAUGAUGGACGGGUCACUAUGCAAGUCUGUGAUGGAGGGAAACAAAGAGGAAUACGGAACAGAGCCAAUUGUUCAUCACCGGCUUUUAAUGGUAAUCGGCCAGACCUGUCAGGAACUAGAAUAAAUGCGACAGGUAUCGAAAAAAGAUGAAAAAUUGUCGUUCAGGUUACCUGGAGGAUACUUUACCAUAUGUUAAGAAAGUCGAGAAUGGUCCUUCAUUCUCCACAGAAUGUUAUAAAACCAAAACUAAAGCACCUCAAUGUUCAUCAGUUGAGUGCUACUUAAAUACACACACAGUAUCAGUAUUGUGAAAGCAGCGAUGUGAUUGUGCAGCAAAGUGUCAGGGUGGAUACACACACAGUAUCAGUAUUGUGAGAACAGCGAUAUGAUUGUGCAGCAAAGUGUCGGGGUGUCUCUGAAGGAAUUUCAUAGUAAUAUGUACAGUAUCAAUAUAGCAAGGAAGUGAAUUCUACUCGGAUCAGCUGUUAUCCUCUCGUGGAACAUUGUGUUUCCUCGCAUUUUAAUUGUCCUUUCCUCCAAAAUUUGUCAGAUGGCACAGAUUUUAACCUAGAAUUUCAAGAAUUUCUGGGACCCCUCUAGAUUUCCUCUUCUUUUUUUUACAGUUCACCAUUUCCCACCCCUAAUAUAGUGAGAACAAUAAUUUGAAUAUACAGUAAAGUAUCCGGGUGUCUGUGAAGGAAUUUCAUAGUAAUAAUAACAAGGGAAAUAUAAAUGUGUUUUAGCCUAUUAGGUUACUGGGUCUGUAUUAUGCAGUAACCUAUACCUAAGGUUAACAGAGACUUUGUGUAUUUUGAUGUCUGAUUUGGAAUGAUGAAGAUCGUCUUGUUUGGAAUCUUAGAAGCUGAUUACUCACUGAUCAUUCAUCCACGAUUCAUGGUUUAUGUUUGGUGUUGGAGAGGUUCACCUGAACUGUGUGUGUCUCAUGUUGACGAUGGACAAUUCACUUUUGUGCUCCAGGAUUUCACUUUUGAGGGACAAGAAGCAUGAUCGUACAUGUGUAUCCCCAUAAAUUUAACCUGAGGGGUGCAAAAUAGUUCACACCUUAACUCAGUCCUAAAAAUGUACCACAGUAAUUAAAUCAGCAGUGAUGUCACAUACUCCUGUUGCAAAAUGGA